UACAGAGGAAGAUGGUCGUUUCUAAUGAGAUGAGUUGUGUACAGUGUACGAUUGUGGGGGACAAGCGAGUGGGGAAGUCUACUAUUAGUCGAGGCCUAGGGGAAAGCGAGGCCGACUUAGAUAGGCAGAAUAAUAAUUACGAGUCGACGAUUUUUGACAAUAUCGCAGGGACAACCAAAUUAGACGGAGAAGAUAUCACAAUUAACUUAUUUGACUGUUCAAGUGAAGAAGAACAUUUUGCAAUCAGAGAAUUUGCAUACAAGGACAGCAAUGUUUUUAUUCUGUGUUAUAGUGUCAUAGACAGGAGUUCACUUCUGAACAUCAGAGACAAAUGGAUUCCAGAAAUCAGGAAAUUCCUUGGCAAAAAAAUCAAACUUUUAGUGGUGGGAACACAAACAGACAUUCGUGACUCUGUGUGCCUCGAUCAAGACCCUCCCGUCAGUAAAACAGAGGGCGCUGAUUUUUCCCGCCAAAUUGGUGCAGACUAUUUCAUGGAGUGCAGCUCAGCCUUUCCGUCCAGUUUCGCAGAACUUUUCAAUCACGUGGCUAAGAUCGGCAAAAAGACGAAACGAAGGCGAUCGCCUGUGAACCUUGUGCGAAGACUGUUGGGCACAAACUAACUGUUAUCUCACAAUGUUCUUUUAUUCUAGUCAAAUUCCAUUCCUUGUGUGUUCAUCAUUUCAUUUUAUUGUGUUUUCAAAUCGUUCAAAUAUUUUUUCAUUAAAAUGCUUAAAAUUUA